AAACUGUUCUCUUGUCCCUUUCCAUUCUGAAUUAUGGAUGCCCAAAAAUCACUGCUCUUGCUGCUUUUAUUUAUUUCUUUUGAUUUAUCAGAAUUCCACAAGGUGCCCAUACACACUCAACAUCACGGGGAGCACAGGAUUCCACCGAAAGAAAGAGACAGAAGUCUGCUUCAACUCCUCCAUGAAAGAGAAAACAUGAAGUCCGAGGAACAUGACAAAUGGCAUAAAGGGGAACAUGAAAAACGAGACAGAGAUGGACGUGGCCAUCAUCACAUCAGGAGUCAUUUUGUAGAAUGGUUUCUUAAAUUUCACUUUUCUUACAUGAGUCAAAGAAUUCCUGCAUUUAUGACAGAGAGUGGUCUGCCAUGCAAAUUCCCAUUCCGAUAUCAAGGAAGAAUGGUCUUCACAUGCUUGCCAGCAAGAGGACAGGAAAAAAGGCUCUGGUGUGCCACAACAAACAACUAUGAUCGUGACAGGCAGUACUCCUUCUGCAAAGACAGACAGAUUACUACAGACUUCUGUGCAUCUAACCCAUGUCAGAAUGGUGGAACCUGUCAAAGCAAUUCAAAAGGAUAUGAAUGCAAAUGUACACCCCAAUAUACUGGAAGGGACUGCCAGAAAGAAAAAUGCUAUGAACCCAGAUUGCUGAAGUAUUUCGAUCUACAGGAGACAUGGCUGAGACCAGGCAUUGUAAAAGAUGAAGAAUGUCAGUGUAAAGAUUCUAAAAUUGUCUGCAAUCCAGUCAGAUUUCCAUUGACAGUAUGUGCCAGGAAUCCAUGCAUGAAUGGAGGAAUCUGUUUUGAAGGAAAAAAAAUCCAGGUGUGCAACUGUCCGAAGAAGUUUGUUGGAGAGUCCUGUGGCAUUGAUCUUAGUGCAUCUUGUUAUGAGGGAAAUGGUAAUUUAUAUCGUGGAACUGUGAAAGUGACUACCAGUGGUAACCCCUGCAUGUCAUGGGACUCCAACCUGCUAUACAAUGAGAUUUAUACCAUUGUGAAUAGUUCUCAAGAGGCUCUGCAACAAGGACUGGGGAGGCAUUCAUACUGCAGGAAUCCAGAUAAUGAUACCAAGCCUUGGUGUUACACCCUGAAAGACAAUAUCGUCAGCUGGGAUUACUGUGCCGUGUCCAACUGUAUUCCAUCAGUCACUCUACAACCACCUGUUACUACAGCAUCAGCCAUUCAAAGCACUUUACCUCCAGUUCCCUCUGAACUUAUACCUCCUCAACCCAGUGAAGUCACUUCAGUUAUGCCUGAACCCAUAUAUACUACUACUACUCCAAGUUAUUCUUCUACUCCAGGAGAAGUCUCAAUUUUACCAGACAACUGUGGAGUGAGGCACAAGAAGCGUUUCUUGCUGAUGUCUCGUAUUGUGGGUGGAAUGGUUGCCCUUCCAGCCUCUCACCCCUACAUUGCUGCUGUGUACAUGGCAACAGACUUCUGUGGAGGCAGCCUGAUUUCUCCGUGUUGGGUACUAACUGCCGCUCACUGCCUUGCAAAGAGACCCCUAGUAUCACAGAUGCAUGUCGUACUAGGACAGGAACAGUUUAACAGAAGCAAUGAAAACAGCAUUACUUUUGAAGUACAAAGUUACAUUGUGCAUGAUAAUUUUGACUACUCUACUUUCAACAAUGACAUAGCUCUUAUACAACUGAGGAAAAAAGAUGGCAGCUGUGCACCAGUAUCCAACUUUAUCCAGCCUAUCUGUCUGCCUGAACCCUAUACCAAUCCACCUGCUAACAUCAAUUGUGAGGUAGCAGGCUGGGGACACACUCAUGAGGAAGCAGAAGAGUAUGCACAAAAUCUGCAGGAAGCGUCCAUCCCCAUAAUAACAGAGAUUGAAUGCAAUGCUCCUGAGGCUUAUGCUUCAAAGGUAACAGAGAACAUGAUAUGUGCAGGCUUCUUAGAAGGACAGACGGAUUCCUGUCAGGGUGAUUCUGGUGGGCCACUGGUCUGUGAGGUAAAUGGCCGGAUGUAUCUUUAUGGAAUCGUGAGCUGGGGAGAUGGUUGUGCCAAUAUCAACAGGCCUGGAGUUUAUACUAAAGUAUCUCAGUACAUUGACUGGAUCAAAUUAAAAUUAAAACUAUAAAAUAUGACAUUUUGUACCAUACCACAAAAUCCUGUUGCAAAGUAUCAGACAUGGGUAAUGAGACUAAUAUACAAUGAGCAACUUCUGGAUAGUGAUGCUAAAAAGUACAGUUUAUCUUUUUUUCACAUUAAAAACAUUAUCACUGUCCCAAAUCAUUUAUUGCUAAUGUGCAAUGUAUUAAAAUUGUAUCUUUAUUUUGAAUGA